UCGGAGAGAGGGAAUCCGAGCUGAUACGUGUCAACAUAUAAUAACUGGUCCUUUUCUGCACUUCACUCAUUAUAUGCGUUCAAGUAGAGCGUCACUGGAUUCCCGUUCGCAAUGGAAUGGAUUACAUUAAUUCUGACGGUGUCUGUGGUGAUUAUUUCGUUUCAUCUUCUCUUUGGUAAAAGUCACCCCAAUGCUCCUCCAUGCAUAAGAGGUUGGAUACCCUGGUUCGGGGCUGCUUUUGAAUUUGGCAAAGCACCUUUGCAUUUCAUCCAGCAAGCCAGAGCCAAAUAUGGACCAGUUUUCACUGUUGUAGCUGCUGGGAAGAGAAUGACGUUUGUGACCCUAAAUGAGGACUUCCGAGUUUUCUUCACUUCUAAAGAUGUAGAUUUUGAACAAGCAGUGCAAGAACCCGUUCACAACACAGCUUCUAUCAGCAAAGACAACUUCUUUGAGUCCCAUCCGACCUGUUCGGCUAUAAUCAAAGGCAGACUGACUCCGGGCAACACAGCGAUGCUCUCUCCUCACCUGUGUGAAGAAUUUAAUGACCAUUUGGAGAGUCUUGGAAGCAAAGGAUCUGGACAGCUAAAUGAGCUCAUCAAGAGUGUAAUGUAUCCGUCAGUGAUGAGCAACUUACUGGGCCGCUGUAAUUCGCCCAGCAGCGCCCUCAGCAGGCAGAAGUUUCUGGAGAAGUUCACAACCUACGAUGAGGGAUUUGAGUACGGCUCACAACUCCCAGAGAUGUUCCUCAAGGAAUGGGCAAACUCAAAGCAAUGGCUGCUUUCUCUGCUGAGAAAAAUGGUUAACAAAUCAGAGGAGACCCUCUAUAGUGAGAGUGAUAGGAAGACUUUACUACAGCACCUGGCUGCUUCAAUAAGUGAAAAAUAUCUACCCAAUUAUGGUUUACUGUUGCUUUGGGCUUCCUUGGCAAAUGCUAUACCAGUGACGUUUUGGGCAGUUGCUUUCAUUUUGUCCAACCCUGCAGCAUAUAAGAUUGCAAUGGAUCAGAUCAACUAUGUCCUUGGUCACCAAGACAAGCGGAAGACAAAGGUGACCCUAGAUGACUUACAGCAGAUGCCAUAUGUGAAGUGGUGUAUCAUGGAAGCCAUUCGGUUGAGGGCCCCCGGAGCCAUCACUCGCAAAGUAGUGCGGCCUCUCAAAUUACAGAAUUACAUUAUCCCACCUGGAGACAUGCUGAUGUUGUCUCCUUACUGGGCUCACCGAAACCCCAAGUAUUUCCCAGACCCGGAAGAUUUCAAACCUGAACGAUGGGAAACGGCAGAUUUAGAAAAGAAUGUCCUCUUGGAAGGGUUUGUGGCAUUCGGAGGGGGGAAAAAUCAGUGCCCAGGAAGGUGGUACGCCAUUAUGGAAUUGCAUAUGUUUGUGGCCCUCAUCCUCUACAAGUUUGAGUUCACCCUAUUGGAUCCAAUGCCUAAGCCGAGUCCUCUACAUUUGGUGGGAACCCAGCAGCCAGACGGACCCUGUACAGUGAGAUACAAGCACAGAUAGAGUGCUCGUGUUCACAGGGCUGUGCUGCUGCUUUUGAGCUUUGCUGACAGCCUUGACAUAAGAGUUGCAGAGAUCAACGGCACAUCCUGGGCUGAGCUUCAGAGGUUUGAAGCAUCAUGCUGAAUGUUAAACA